AUGAGACUACUCGUAAGCAGCGUGAUUCGACUAGCGAUUUACACGACAGUAUUGUCACUGGUAGAUACUGCUAUUGCAACUUACGCCGCGACGACUAACUUCACGGAAUGGUACAACGUGACAGACUUUCCUAAUGAACAGGCCGCGAAUGUUUCGCGGUACGUUUAUGAGGCAUUGAAGACGGCGGGCAAAGAUCUCUACCCGUUUUUCGAGCAUCGCUGCAUUCGCUCGCAGAUCUACGACAAGUUAGGCGAUCUAGCGCAAGCGGAUGGUUUCGUACAACCAACCCAGCCGUUCGAUUCGGUCUUCUUCGUCGGUUCCUCUUAUGUGUCCUCUUGGGCUAUCGACACAGGCGCCGGACUAGUACUGAUUGACACCCAAGAUAAUCCGCAAGAGGCCGCACGGGUUGUUUUAUCGGGCCUGGAAUAUUUUGGUUACAAUGGCUCUGAAAUUGCUGCCGUGAUCAUCACACAUGAACACGCUGAUCACUAUGGCGGUGCACGUUUUCUUCAAGAUACCUUCGGCAUGCCUAUUUAUGCUUCGUCGGUAGCUUGGGACACCAUGGCUGAUGAUCCUAUUGCGCCCCAAGGACUCGUACCUCCAGAGAGAAACAUAACCAUUGAGGAUGGACAGGAUCUGACCAUUGGCAACACUACUUUUAGCUUUAUCGCCACGCCCGGCCACACGCCGGGGACUGUAAGCUUCUUCUUCAAUGUAUAUGAUCACGGAUCACCUCAUGUAGCCGCGAUUUACGGCGGCGGCGGGGUUCCAAGCAAUGCGUCGGCGAAAGAAGAGCAGAUCGGGUCCUAUGAAAAGUUCUCGAAUCAUGCUAUUCUAAGGGGAGCGGACACGUUGAUUGCAAACCACCAAACUCAAGACAAGUCGCUAUACAACUUUGAUCUCUUGAGACAUCGUCCAUGCGGGCCCUCUAAUUGCGAUGAGGCGAACCCUUUCGUCAUUGGGGAUGAGGCGUAUCUAAGAUAUCUCAAGACAAUGGCACUGUGUGUGAGAGUCCAGGCGGCACGAGAGGGCCAGAUUUUGUCGCUGUAG